AUGGAAAAGAGGUUGGCUGCCAACGAAAACAUCCGCCAAGAAUACUUGCUGUUCAUGCAGGAGUAUGAAAAACUUGGGCAUAUGGAUGUGAUUUCGCGCGCGGUUAACGGUCCACAGUUUUUCCUCCCACAUCAUGCUGUUCACCGUCCAGAAAGUACAACCACGAAGACUCGGGUUGUAUUUGAUGGGUCAUGCCGGGGAACAAACAACCUCUCGAUCAACGAAGCUCUGGUCGCUGGUCCAACAAUUCAACCUGUUUUGUACUCGACGGUUAUCAAUUUCCGAAAGCCACGCUUUGUUGUGACUGCUGACGUCGAAAAAAUGUUCCGACAAAUCUGGGUUCAUUCAGACGAUUGUCGGUUCCAGCAAAUUUUAUGGAGGUAUAAUCCAGUAGAGCCAAUCCAAGUCUACCAACUAAAAACCGUGACAUACGGCCUCACCAGCUCACCGUUUCACGCUACGCGAGUUCUCAGCCUAUUAGCAUUUGAGGAUGGAGAACGUUAUCCUUUUGCCGUGCCUGUCAUUCGACAAGGGACAUACUUCGAUGAUGUUCUGACGGGUCACGAUGAUUUAAAGACCCUUCAACAAACUUGUGAGCAAUUGAUUGGACUACUUGCGAAUGCCAAAUUCGUGUUGCGAAAAUGGGCCACCAAUGACAGCACAGUAUUGAUUAAAGUUCCGACAGAUUUAUGGGACGCCUCAAAUCAACUGGAAAUCGAUCGGACGGCAUCCAUUAAAACUCUUGGCCUCCUAUGGUUACCUAAAUCUGAUAGGUUCAUGUUUAAAAUACUCACUCUACAUAGCCAAUGUGUCAUCACAAAACGAGUAGUUGUUUCCGAGAUGUCACGUUUAUUUGACCCUAUCGGGUUGCUUGGACCCGUCGUGAUUAACGCCAAAAUGUUUGUACAAACGCUUUGGGCGGAACACCUUCCAUGGGAUGCAGAGCUAUCCGAAGAAUUUAAACAAUGGUGGUUGGCCUAUCGUUCUGAUAUUCAACAAUUGUCGAUUCUACAAGUCCCAAGAAGAAUUGUGGCAAAUGUGUCCAACCGAUACUGGAUACACUGCUUCUGUGACGCUUCAACCAAAGGUUACGGAUGUUGCAUUUACAUUGUGUCCCCAAACGAAGCCGGUGAGCUUCAAAGCCACCUUCUUACCUCGAAAUCUCGCGUAGCCUCGUUACGUGGUCAUUCAGUGCCACGAUUAGAACUUAGUGCAGCUCGUCUUGGCAGUCAGCUUGUAGAUAAGCCUAAACGAACGACACAGUUCACCGAAUCUGCAACCAUGUGGACUGACUCAACGAUCGUGCUACACUGGAUCAAAUCGAAAUCUAGUAAGUGGAAGGUUUUUGUUUCGAAUCGUGUGGCUGAAAUUCAAUGA